AUGUCGGACCUGUGGAAACUGAGAACCGAGCAGUGCCAGGAAAAAGUAGAAGGGAACAAUAAGGUCAUCAUCCUUCUGGGGGCCACGGGGGCAGGGAAGACCACCCUCAUCAACACGAUGAUCAAUUACAUCCUGGGCGUGCAGUGGGAGGACCGGUUUCGAUUCAAGCUGAUCCACAAGGAGACCAACCACUCGCAGGCGGAGAGUCAAACCUCCAUCGUGACGUCCUACGAGCUCCACAACCAGAAGGGAUUUGUCGUCCCCUACUCCCUCACGGUCAUCGACACCCCGGGGUUCGGAGACACGGGGGGACUCUCUCGGGACAAGCUGAUCAUAGAGCAGGUGAAGCGCUUCUUUACCAGCCCCGGCAGUGUGGACCACAUCGACGCCGUGUGCUUCGUGGUUCAGGCGUCUCUGGCGCGGCUGACCUCCAUCCAGCAGUACGUCUUCGACUCCAUCCUCUCCAUCUUCGGGAAGGACAUCGCCGAGAACAUCCUCGUCCUCGUCACGUUUGUGGACGGGAAGGACAUCCCCAUCCUGGGCACCAUCGAAGCCGCGGGCCUGCCCUGCCGCAAGAACCGGAAGGGCAAAGCGACGCACUUCGAAUUUAACAACUCCGCCCUUUACACGCAAAACGAGAGGCCCGACACCGAUUCCAACGGGGAGGGCUCCGGGAGUGACGACGAGGAAGAGGAUGACAACAAGCUGGAGAAAAUUGUCUGGACGAACAACGUGAAGCAGCUGAAGAGGUUUUUCCAAACGUUGGAGAAGACAGAGGGGAAGGACUUGGCGCUGACGAAGAAAGUCCUGGAGGAGCGCGAGGGGCUGGAGAUGGCGAUGGCGAGCCUGCUGCCUCAGAUCUCGGCCGGGCUGGCGAAGCUGAGCGAAAUGAAGAUCAGGGCAUGUCUGGAAAACGAGCAGGCCAACAUGGAGCAGAACAAGAACUUCGAGACAGAAAUCGAGGAGCUGGUCCCGAAACGGAGGAACACCGAGCAUCUCUCAACAAACUGCAACAACUGUCUGGUUUCGUGCCAUUCAGGAUGUUUCCUUCCCACGCCAGGAGAAAUCAAUCUCUGCGCCGUCAUGGAUGACGCUGGAUUCUGUGUGAUCUGUCCAGGUAACUGCCACUACUCCGCUCACAUAUCCGAGAUGACGAUGUGGGAGUACGAAGUGGUGAAGGUCAUGAAAACAGUCAAAGAACUCAAGGACAACUUUGUGAAGGCUUCCGGCAAGUUGAUGUCGACGAAGGAGAUGCUCGAGAAAAUCGAAAUGGACUUCGAGACGAUCGAGGACCGGAUCAUGCAGCUGAUCAGGCUGUCCUCCAACUGCCUGGCGCGGCUGGAGGAGAUCGCCCUGAAGCCCAACGCUCUGUCCACGGCCGCCUACAUCGAGCUGCUCAUCCGCAACGAGGAAGAGGAGGCCCGCCCGGGCUUCGAGGACCGCAUUGCCGACCUGCGCAAGAUGAAACAGCAUGCCGAGAUCCUCGCCAAGAUCGCCAACAACAAGAAACUGCUGCCGGAGGAGCGCAGGAUCGUGAGGGAGAGAAACCAGAGGCUGAGGAAAAUCGCUCAAGACGUCAAACUGGCGAGCUCCGUAGUGAGAGCCUGGACUGCAGGACAGUGAACACAUUCCACACCGCCCGAGAACUCCUGCAGGACAG